UGGCUGCAUGAUUUGACCCUCGCAGGUUGCCGUAGUGGCGGUUCCAGCCCAAGUAUACAGUUUUUCAAACUCUUGUGAUAUGCGUAUAAGUGUUGCGAAAAGUUAAGAUACAAUUUUUCAAGAUAUUCUUCCAACAAAUCCUACUUUGUUGCAAUAACCCCGGAGUGCCUUGCCUGUAAACCUUACGUGCUGCCAUGGAGGAGGUGACCCGGUUGGUGUCAUCAGGUGACUGCCUGAAGAUCUGGGAUUCCACCUCCAUGAGUGUGGUGGAGCAGUUUAACCCUCACAGUGCCAGCCAUCCUCUUGCACAGGUGUGCUGGAGCAGCAGCAAUCAGUACAUUGUCAGUGCCAGCAGUAUAGGAGACAAGCUGGUAGUGACCAGCCUGAAGUCCUCACCAGUGCCAGUGAUGGAACUUGCAGAAGGGAAAAAACAAACACGAGUUGCACUCAAUUCAACCUCACAGUUUCUGGUCAGUGGGGGACUGGAUAACACGGUCAACAUAUGGGACCUGAAGACAAAGAGAUUACAUCGCAGCCUCAAGGACCAUAAGGAGGAAGUUACAUGUGUGUCUUUCAAUGGUGGUGAUAGUUACAUAGCAUCUGGUUCCACCAGUGGGGACAUUAUCCUCCACAGCAUUACCACCAAUCUGUCCAGCAAGGCCUUUGGCCAUGGGCCCAAUGAGCCUGUCCAUGACUUGAAGUACUCACUGAUAAAGCGGUCUCUCUUGGGGAGUGUUUCAGACAGCGGUUCAGUGGUACUUUGGGACGCAAACACACAGAAGGAAAUACACAUGUUUGAAGGAGCACACAAAGCUCCUGCCUCAGGCCUAGCCUUCUCCCCAGCCAAUGACCUGCUCUUUAUUACAGUUGGGUUGGAUAAGAAGAUUGUCUGUUAUGACACUUCCAGCAAAGUUAUUUUCCGGAGUAAGCAGGUUGAGUCCCCACUCACGGCUGUAGACUUCACUCCGGAUGGAGCAGGGCUCGUAGUGGGCUCCACCCAGGGACGCAUCUACAUGUAUGACCUGCGUAAUCUAAGUGCUCCUAUCAAAACAACCACUGCUCACAAGACCUCAGUUACAUGUAUCCGAUUCCAGCACUCCAACACCAGGCUGAAGACGAGUAAAACAGUCUCUGGCAAGACUUCUUCCUCGCAGUCCAACAAGAGAAUCUCUGUAAAGCUGGGGCAGAAUCAGCAGAGCGGCCCUCCUACUCCGACCUCCUCAGUCCCCGCUGUCCCCGAACAGCAGCCAGUUAGCCGAAGCGAUGGACAGGCUCAGAACCUCGGCAAUGGAGGAAGUUCUGAGGUGCCAUCUAGAGAUGCCGAAGGCCAGAGCAGUUUGGAUAAAUUCAACAGUGUGGGCCGAAACAGCCUUAGCCUAGACAUUUUCUCACCUGUAGCUGAUGGGUUUAAAACACAUGGUUUCAUUGGUGAUACUCCAACUUCAAGAAACGGAGGCAGUGCUGAUGUGUUCUUCAGAGAAGCUGAGGGACAACACAGUUCAGAAAAGUUUAGGGUUGGGCGCAACAGCCUGGACAUUUUUUCUCCUGUUCGUGAUGAUUACAAAGGUCACAGACUCAGUGAUGCCUCAAGUGGUAAGAAAGAUUUAGAUUUCUUACCUCAGCACGGUUCAGCUCAGCGUAAGAACCCGCUGGGUACACCUAGUGCUCGCUGCUACAGUCCUCUGUCUGCUGUCCAGACACCACCUGCAAUCAAAGAGGAGGAACCAGUGAUCACAUCACCUACACAUAUAGACUCACAGAACAACAUGGUGGAGAAGAAUAAUUUUCCAAGACAGAAUGUUCUGGCCACACCCCCUGCGUCUCAGACUACACACGUCCAAUCAGUGCCUUCAUUUAACACUCCUGAGCCCAGUCAGAGGAGAGAAGUGCCAGCCCAGCUCACCUACAAUUCACCAGUCAGUGGCAGUCAACCCGAAGCUGAAUCAGCAGCCACAGCAGCAGCCAGUGCACCUAAUGCUGUCACUAGUGAAGCGCCACUUACCUCGGUCCAGAUGAAUUUUGUGCGCAACAUGAUCCAUGAAGCUUUAGAAGAUUUCAGAGACACAUGCCAUAGAGAUAUAAUCAAUCUGCAAGUGGAAAUGGUUCGACAGUUCUAUAUUCAGCUGAAUGAAAUCCAUGGGCUCAUUGAGAGGUACUCUGUGAAUGAGAGUCUUGUAGAGGAGAUAGAGAAACUGCGGGAGGAAAACAAACGACUCCGAGCCAAUUACUAAGAAGCAUGUGGCUACUUGUUUGACAUGUAGACUGAAUUCCUCGUGCUCAGUACAGGUUUAGGCCUAAGACGUGUGGCAGCACUACAGCACUGUCCUAGGUGAGGAAGGACACGGAGAUUGUUCUGCUUUCCUGCUGAUGUCGGAAGAAUGCACUCAUGCCCUGAGGAUCUGUGCACAUUUCACCAGCACUCACUUUUUUUAAGGCUGCACCAUUUAUGUGCCUUAAAAUAAGAGAGCUUUUCUCUCUCCAGUUUGUUUUUUUUUUGUUUGUUUUUUUUUUAUUGCAUAUUUCACAACAGAUAAUUUGCAAAAAAUAUUGCAUUAUUUGAGGGCGUACAUGUUUGUAAUAGAUAAGUUUGUAUUAUAAGCUUAUAGCCAAUAUUAUUCUAAAUUAGAUAUUUGGGACGUCAGUACUUAUACAGUCCUGUAAACACCAGGUGUGUCAUUAUGGCAAAAAAAACAAGCAUAAUCUAAAGACUGAUUUGUUUAGAAUACCUACAGUGAACUCUUGUCAUAAAACCAUUUGUAUCUUGAAUAAAUUAUUGCAUUCAACUCCCACAUAAAAAAGAUUCAUAACUGCUGGAUUACAAAAACACUUGCUUUUUGGUAGCCAUUAGCUUCAUUUUUCAGUGAUUCAGAAGCCUUUUCAUAUGGACAUCAAAUAUGUCUUUAACCAAGUCAAGUUUGUGUGUAUAUAUGAAUUUUCAUCAAGCUAGUCCAUGUAAUGCAUCUGCAUUUUUAUG